AUGGCCGUGAGCGCGGCGGCCGCCCCCGCCGCCGAGCCGCUGCCCCGCAGCAUCUUCAAGAAGUUCCUGGUGAUGCUCUGCUCCCUCCUCAUGUCCCUCUACGUCUUCUACUGCCUGGCCGACCGCUGCCAGACCCUGCCCGGGCCCAUCAUCGCCGCCGGCGCCGCCUCGGAGGAGGAGGAGGGCGGCGGCGGCGGGUACCUGGGGGGCUCGGCCGAGCUGCCCCCCUGGCAGGCGGCGGCGGCGCGGCGGAAGCGGCUGCUGCAGCGGCUCAAGCAGCGGCGGCGGCGGCAGGAGGCGGCGCCGGGCGAGGAGGUGCCGGCCGGGGGCGGCGGGAGCCGGGCCGGCGGCUCGGGCGGCGGCGGGGGCAGCGCGGCGGGCACGCCCGGCACCCUGACGCUGCUGCUGGGCGAGGGCAGCAAGCGGCUGCCGCAGGCCAUCAUCAUCGGCGUGAAGAAGGGGGGGACGCGGGCGCUGCUGGAGUUCCUGCGGGUGCACCCCGACGUCCGCGCGGUCGGCGCCGAGCCCCACUUCUUCGACCGCAACUACGAGCGGGGACUCGCCUGGUACAGGGACCUCAUGCCCAGGACCCUGGAGGGGCAGAUCACCAUGGAGAAGACCCCCAGCUACUUCGUCACCAAGGAGGCCCCAGCCCGCAUCUCCUCCAUGUCCAAGGGCACAAAGCUCAUCGUGGUGGUGCGGGACCCCGUGACCAGAGCCAUCUCGGACUACACCCAGACUCUCUCCAAGAAGCCCGAUAUCCCCACCUUUGAGAGCCUGACCUUCAAAAACAGGACUACGGGCCUGAUCGACACCUCGUGGAGCGCCAUCCAGAUUGGCAUCUACGCCAAGCACCUGGAGAACUGGCUCCUCUACUUCCCCAUCGGGCAGAUCCUCUUUGUCAGCGGGGAGAGGCUGAUCAGCGACCCCGCGGGGGAGCUGGGCAGGGUCCAGGACUUUCUGGGCCUCAAGAGGAUCAUCACCGACAAACACUUCUACUUCAACAAAACCAAGGGGUUCCCGUGCCUGAAGAAGGCGGAAGGCAGCAGCAAACCCCACUGCCUGGGGAAGACGAAAGGCAGGACCCACCCCGACAUAGACCAGGAGGUGGUGCGGAGACUGCGGGACUUCUACCGGCCCUUCAACAUGAAGUUCUACCAGAUGACGGGGCAGGACUUCGGCUGGGACUGAGGCUGAAAAAAAUAA